UUGCUCGUUGAGUCUUGUUUUAUUGCGUCCCGCCGCGAGACUACUUAUUCUGCGUGUGAAAUUACUGUCUGCUGCUGAACAGUUGCUUAUUCUUGCCAAUUAGUAGACCGUCGCGUUCUGGUUGCGCUGCUGCUUCUUCGUCACCCGAGAAAGUUCUCGGUCACAUCUCAAAACCUGUCGUCUUCCCUCGAGAUCUCUAUAUCGUUCUCCACCGAUAACCACAGUCCCCAUCCCUAUCCGCCACCCGUCUUCAAAGAUGUCUUCACUGGACCCCGCCCGCAACAACAAGGUUGAUAUUGCCUCGCUUUCCCCGGAAGAGCAGCGAAUCCUGAACAUGUAUGGCCGUCUCCCAUCGAGCCAUGAUAUCAUCCAGAAGAAGCUGAACGAUCGGAAAUACUUCGACUCGGGCGACUACGCCCUCUCCAAAGCCGGCAAGGCUGCUUCCGCCGGCGUCACAAGCAUUGGGUCGCAACAUCCCGUGCCAGAGAACAUCCCACACUCGCAUUCCAGCUCAUUUUCUGGCCCGUCAGGGUCAGCUGGUGGGUCGCCGUCCCAAAGCCAGAUGCAGUCGCCGGUGAAGGAAAGCAACUUGGUGUACGAGACUGACGCCGACCGGAAUUAACGUGCUUGCUUUUUUCUUUCUUGUUCUUUGCCUUGCGUUUGCUAUGAAUCGUUGAUAAGAAUGUUUGAAGAAAUACCGAAAAUUUACAGCGAUUGAUACUGGUGGUUCUAGCUACUCGGUAUCACCUGAUUCUCUAGACACUCAUUAUAUGGUUUUCGGGGCUCACGAUACCUAUGUACACUCGAGUAUCAGAACAACUGAUUCUCUUU